AUUACGUACUAACUGUUUCAAAGCAAAAGUGGUAGAAGUAGAGUACAGUAUUCCGUAGCGUACUUCGAGAAAAUACAAACUUCGUACUAUGAUCGACGUUCGAAAUCUCGUGGUAAGUACCGUACGGUGCGUACUAUCAAGUCAGGUCAGGGGUCAUAAAUUUGACGCCUGUGUACCAAAAAAACAGUACGUGAUGUCUCUUCUGAUAGUACCGGUAAGACCGUUUUCUGAUAAAUUGUUAGUGUUCACAUUUUUCCUUAGUACAAGUACUUCGUAUUACGUACUCAAAUAAGACUACAUAAAAUCAGCUAUGGUUGCAUCAACAAAAUGAAUCUUGCAGGAACAGAAACGUUUGAGAACCCCUCGAUAUAUGCAUUAAGUUGCUUCAMWAACCAUCAGUAGAAAGCGCAUUUCCUUCUAUACCAGCUCAUCUUUCGAUCUCACUUCCUUUUCAUGCUUUGGAGUACUUUUCCCCCUUGAAUUUUUUUCGCUAUCUUUUGAGUCUUCAUCGUUUCCGAUUGCAUUGACAUUGGCUUCUCUUGCAAAUUUGCCAGUCGAGCUCGUAGUCAGCGGUGUAGUUGCUACUGCAUUCUCUGCUCUGCCUCCAUCGCCACCCUCGUCAUCGCCAUUCCAUACAUGUUCCGGUCGGUUAUCAUAGUCAGGUAUUACCAGGGCACUCAUGUCUCUUGGUAGCCGCGAUACGGGAUAAGGGAUACAMGCAGCCGUAUACCAGUUCCGCAAACAUCCCCUAUCAGCGGCGUUUUCUGCUUGUCCGAAUCGGUACACUCCACGGACCCGCUCGUUCGUAGUUUGAGCGAUGGAAAUAAUCAUGCCAUGAAAACACAGGAGACUCGUCAAGGACCAGGCACAGAGUAAUGUAAAGCUUCCAAACAUGAAGGUCAGUUUUUCCGAUAGAAUGACUUUCCAAAGACGCUGGAACGUCGUCAAGUUGGCCGCGAUGGUCCCAUCGUCGUUCAAAACAACAGAAGGCGUAGUUGUGAAGGCUUCUAGCAUAACUUCAAAUGCACAAAGCGUGGUGAGGAUAGUCAUUCCCGAAAUACCAAUUAAAAAGAGAAAGAAGAAUCGAUGAUUGCGUUCUCCGAUGCAAUUUCCUACCCAAGGGCAAUGACUGUAUAUCCAAAGUAAAAACACGGAAGAAAAGUUUAGGAUUGUGAAAGGAAGAAAACCCACARACACAAAAAACGCGACAUCCACAAAGUACACACGCAAACAAAAUGGCGAAGUCGUUUUAUAAACAUACUGAUCGAAUUUGGAAACGCAAACGUUGCAAGAAUUGCAAUGCUUCGACCUCGGUGGUCUAAAGAUGUUGCAAGUGCUGCAAUAACGAUAUCCUAGUGGUCCUCCGAGAGGAACUCCCUCUGGGACGGGUGCUUUCACCGGACUCGAAACGGGUGGGAUGAUACCCGGAUCCAUGAGGGCAGACACCCAUAACAUGAUUAGUGCCAGAGCUCCAAGGACGACGCUCGACCAGUAGAUUGGUUGGACAUGCCAGUGCCACGGCUCCGACAAGAUCCAUCCGGUUCCCGGUACCACGUUGUGUCCAAUUUCUUCCAUGUGUUCCAGUCGCGGAACGACAAUGCAAAAAUGCAACACAUAUCCCAUCACAAUCAACAAAUUCGUAAAGACCAACGAGGGCGCGUCGCUCCCCAGCAUUAGUUUCCCACCGCAGGCAAAGGCGUGAUUACCCAUCCAUCCCUCAGUGGAAGCAAACYUUUCCGCGAGAGUAAACCCACUAAAGUGCUGGCGCGGAGAUUUCUUUCGCGCCCAUCCCGACCGGCCUCCUACCGAUACUAAGAUCCAAUCUCCGGAAACAUCCGUUCCGUGAGAUGGAACAACUGCCGACCUGCGCAAGAGGCCAGUAACGCCAGACGUAACGACCGCGGCAUUGCUAUGAUUGUUGCUAGACGCACCAGGUUUUUUGUGUAGUGCAACAAUGGGAGUAAUGGGAGUUGCGUUGAAACGAUAAUAGCGUUGAACAGUCGGAUUUCUAUCGCUGAAAUAGAGAUCGUAUGGAGCGGGUGGGUGGGUAGGAAUGGGAUGAACAGGGUCGUCGUUGGCGUUGCCGAUGGUAGCAGCUGUGGCGUCGGUAGCCAAAUUUUCUUGUCCUGAAUAGUUUGGAGGAAMAUUCUGCCUCUCUGCACUGCCAUCAACCCUAUUGGUAUUGUUCCCGAGCAAAGAGGUGUUUUCCGAUGCAGAUUCGUUUGUGCGAGCAGCAGACUUUUUGGUGUCGUCGCCAUCCUCGGCAGAGGUCGAAAAAUAACUCUUUAAAUACGAA